GGCAAGGGGUUGGAGGAGAUGGCGCGCAAUGCGGUGGACAAGGCGACGUCCAUCGACGCGCAGCUGCGGAUGCUGGCGCCCAAGAAGCUCUCCGACGACGACAAGCUGGUGGAGUACGACGCGCUCCUCCUCGACCGCUUCCUCGACAUCCUCCAGGACCUCCAGGGGGAGGGCAUCAGGGAGAGGGUCCAAGAAUGCUAUGAGUUAGCUGCUGAGUAUGAAAAUAAGCUUGACCCUAAGCAGCUAGAUGAGAUUGGCAAUCUGCUAACCCGCUUGGAUCCUGGAGACUCUAUUGUGAUAGCCAAGUCAUUAUCGCACAUGCUUAUCCUGGCAAACUUGGCUGAGGAAGUCCAGAUUGCGUACCGCAGGAGAAUAAAACUGAAGAAGGGUGAUUUUGCAGACGAAAAUUCUGCGACGACGGAAUCAGAUAUUGAGGAGACCUUCAAAAGGCUCGUUGGUGAGCUGAAGAAGUCUCCGCUGGAAGUAUUCGAUGCACUCAAGAAUCAAACUGUUGACCUGGUAUUGACAGCACAUCCAACUCAGUCAGUUAGGAGGUCAUUGCUCCAAAAACAUGGCAGGAUAAGGGACUGUUUAACCAAGCUUUAUGCAAAAGAUAUAACUCCAGAUGAGAAGCAGGAACUGGAUGAGGCGCUUCAGAGAGAGAUUCAAGCUGCCUUUAGAACUGAUGAAAUCCGACGAGCACCUCCUACUCCACAGGACGAAAUGCGUGCUGGAAUGAGUUACUUUCAUGAGACAAUAUGGAAGGGUGUACCCAAGUUCUUGCGGAGGGUAGAUACUGCUCUUAAGAACAUUGGCAUAAAUGAGCGAGUGCCUUAUAAUGCCCCUCUUAUUCAGUUCUCUUCUUGGAUGGGUGGAGAUCGAGAUGGGAAUCCAAGAGUCACACCGGAGGUUACAAGGGAUGUAUGCCUGUUAGCUAGAAUGAUGGCUGCCAAUUUGUACUAUGCACAGAUAGAGGAUCUAAUGUUUGAGUUAUCUAUGUGGCGUUGCAGUGAUGAACUACGUGUAAAAGCUGACAAGUUACACCGUUCCUCGAAGAAAGACACGACAAAAUACUAUAUAGAGUUCUGGAAGCAAGUUCCUCCAAAUGAACCCUAUCGUGUGAUACUGAGUGAUGUCAGAGAUAAAUUGUACAAUACACGUGAGCGAUCACGCCAUUUAUUAACCAGUGGGUUUUCUGAAAUUCCCGACGAAGCAAUCUUCACUGAUGUUGAGCAGUUCUUGGAGCCUCUUGAGCUCUGUUACAGAUCCCUCUGUGCAUGUGGUGAUCACGCUAUUGCAGAUGGCAGUCUUCUUGAUUUCUUACGUCAAGUGUCAACAUUUGGACUAUCCCUUGUUAGACUAGAUAUCAGGCAAGAAUCUGAAAGACACACUGAUGUUAUGGAUGCCAUAACUGAUUACCUUGGAGUUGGAUCAUAUCGUGAAUGGCCAGAGGAAAAACGCCAAGAAUGGCUACUGUCUGAACUCAAUGGAAAGAGGCCGUUAUUUGGUCCUGAUCUUCCCAAGACGAAUGAAAUUGCUGAGGUUUUAGAUACGUUUCAUGUGCUAGCUGAACUUCCCUCUGAUAGCUUUGGUGCUUAUGUGAUAUCCAUGGCAACAGCUCCUUCAGAUGUUCUAGCAGUUGAGCUUCUGCAGCGUGAAUGCCAUGUGAAGAAGCCACUGAGAGUUGUGCCAUUGUUUGAAAAACUAGCAGAUCUGGAAGGUGCACCAGCAGCUCUAGCUCGGCUUUUCUCAGUUGAGUGGUACAGAAAUAGAAUCAACGGAAAGCAAGAAGUGAUGAUUGGGUAUUCAGAUUCUGGGAAGGAUGCUGGCCGUUUCUCUGCUGGUUGGCAACUGUACAAAGCUCAAGAGGAGCUUAUUAAGGUUGCGAAGACGUUUGGGGUUAAGUUGACUAUGUUUCAUGGACGAGGGGGUACUGUUGGAAGAGGUGGCGGCCCUACCCAUCUUGCUAUACUGUCACAACCUCCAGAUACUGUCCACGGAUCACUUCGGGUAACUGUUCAAGGUGAAGUCAUUGAGCAGUCCUUCGGAGAGGAGCAUUUGUGUUUUAGAACGCUUCAACGUUUUACAGCUGCUACUCUUGAACAUGGUAUGCAUCCACCAAUCCCACCUAAACCAGAGUGGCGCGCUUUGAUGGAUGAAAUGGCUGUUGUUGCCACAGAGGAAUACCGUUCCAUUGUUUUCCAAGAACCAAGAUUUGUUGAGUAUUUCCGCCUUGCAACACCAGAGCUCGAGUAUGGUAGGAUGAAUAUUGGAAGCAGGCCAUCAAAACGUAAGCCAAGUGGAGGAAUCGAAACAUUGCGUGCAAUUCCUUGGAUAUUUGCUUGGACACAGACUAGAUUCCACCUGCCAGUGUGGCUUGGUUUUGGCGCGGCCUUCAAGCAUGUCCUGCAAAAGGACAUUCGUAAUCUUCAAACCCUUCAGCAGAUGUACAACGAGUGGCCGUUUUUCAGGGUUACCAUAGACCUGGUUGAGAUGGUGUUUGCCAAGGGUGAUCCAGGUAUAGCAGCUCUGUACGACAAGCUGCUGGUUUCUGAUGAUCUGUGGUCGUUUGGGGCGCGUCUUAGGGCAAACUAUGAAGAGACAAAGCAGCUUCUUCUACAGGUUGCUGGCCACAAAGACCUCCUGGAGGGCGACCCGCACCUGAGGCAGAGGCUGCACAUCCGUGAAUCAUACAUCACGGCGCUGAACGUCUGCCAGGCCUACACUCUGAAGCGCAUCAGGGACCCUAGCUUCCAGUCGAACCCCGGACCUCAUCUGUCCAAGGAGAUCAUGGAGCCCGGGGAGUUGGCGAAGGUCAGCACCACAAGCGAGUUCGCCCCAGGUGGCCUCGAGGACACCCUCAUCCUGACCAUGAAGGGCAUCGCCGCCGGGAUGCAGAACACCGGCUGAAGCGCAGACCCGAAUGCUGUUUAUGCUGUGCGAGCUGAUGCGCAUGGCGUGUUUGUAGUACUAGUGGCGGUGGUGUUAUGAGAUGACGCUCUCGGUGCAUCGUCGUCGUU